AUGCCGUCAAUCCAUAUCGACCGCUACCUCGCGGCCGGAUGCAUCGUCAUCAACGACGCCCAAAGCGGGAUCCCUCCACUCCGUUGGGCCGCCCCCUUCCUUCAAAGCUGGCAUAGCAUCGAUGUUCCCGCCUCUAAAAGCAAGCCGAAACACAAUCCAUCGAUUGGGCCUAUUGAAAUCAUCGGCUCCGACCCGCCUCUUCAUCCCGAUAUUGAGAAUGCCCUCCUGAAUUCUCCUGUUCUGUCACCGUUCCUGGGUCUAUUGGCCUCAAAAUGGGUCCACAUGACGUUCAGUGUUUCCUCAAAGCAUCCCACCACAGGCAUUAUUCGUGUCUACAUACUUCCAGACGACGUCGAGAAUCGCCUACUCCCACGGUUCAAUAAAGGUCUACAACAACUGAGAACCAGGCUCUUCCAGCUCCUUGACCGCUCUCGCUGGGAUUGGCACGGGCAUGUCGAAUCCCCAAAAGUUGACAACGAGGGGAAUGACAAUCAACAUGGCCUGACCGGAAAUCCACAGUCGCUCCUGCAAAUAUUUAAUGCUCUCUCGGCCCCGGAUCCCAGCCCGGGUCAAAUGAAGGACCUUGACAGGCGCGAAAGCAUGUAUAACUUGCUCGAGAACAAGGUGCCGAACCUUAAGACGAAGCUAUAUCCGUUCCAGUGUCAGUCCGCGGCCGCCAUGGUACAACGGGAGUCACAGACAGAGCCGGUUCCGGAUCCUCGACUGCCAGAGCGGUUUGUUGACCACAUAGGAAAGAGCUACUACGUAGACCUCAUCGGCGACACCAUCAUCGUUGACUCGGCCUAUUAUGACAGCGUCUGUGGAGGUAUCUUGGCUGAAGAGAUGGGAUCUGGAAAGACACUCAUUUGCCUGGCUCUCAUCCUGGCAACGAAGCAUAUCCCCACUCAGGUUCCAGACUUGUACCGUGGAGCAGAUCCGAUUGUGCGGCGCAAAGUCGCAAGCUUGAUGGACAUGGCGGCGGCUGUUCUCACAAGAAGCGGAGCGCCGUGGAAGGACAUCCUCGGCUUCGACGACACCCAAGGCCAUGAUCAAAUCCGGUAUGAUGCGGCUUUGAAAGCCGUCAGACGGAACCCCGGUUGGUACCGCAUACCUCAGCCUGUUUCAGAAAGGGCCAUCCGCCGGAGGAGCAUGGUUGAGACCUGCGAUCAAGGGGUUUACCUUUCCCAUACGUCUCUAAUAAUUGUCCCGCCAAAUCUCGUUACUCAUUGGGAGCAAGAAAUCGAGAAGCACACCAGCGGCCUGCGAGUGCUAUUGCAGACCAAGACUUUGUGUCUCCCUUCCGCUGAUUAUCUGAAAGACUACGACAUAGUUCUCUUCUCCAGGCCGGUCUUCGACAGCAUUUACUAUACCAAGAAAGGAACGCAUCAGUCCAUACGGAGCAGUCAAAGCGAUCCGUUGACAGCUGUGCAUUUCAAACGUUGCAUCAUCGACGAGGGCCAUGUGCUCGGAACCUCCACUUUGAGUGCCGCAGAUAAGACUAACUUACAGCUUGUCAUGAACGAUUUGCAUGUCGAUGCUAAAUGGGUUGUUACCGGCACACCAUCCACAGGCCUGUAUGGUCUCGAGCAUGGAGCCCAAGGCAGUCUGGAGCAGAACCACCGGGUUUCCACUGGUUUAGAGCUCCAUGAUCUCAGGAGAAUCGGCGUCAUGGCUGCUGUCUUCUUGAAAACACGGCCCUGGGCUAACACUAAUGCCGAUACCCAGGCUCUGAGAGUAAAGGGAGCGACGAGGGACAAAGUUCUCUGGGAGGACUAUAUCGUAAAACCCUGGGCUUUACGCACGGCGGAUAGCCGAAACGAGUGCCUCAAAGCAACUCUUGGAUCCCUGAUUGUUCGACAUCCCAAGCUCGACAUCGUCCCUUUCCUGCCUUCUGUCCAAGAGAGGAUUGUCUAUCUUGACGGGUCAUACCAAGACCUCAUCUCCCUCAACCUGUUCUCGCUAAAUAUAAUUUUCAAUGCGACAAACCAGCUUCUUCGGCGGCCAUUCUUUCCAAAGUCAGACACUCUCCAGGCCAUUGCCAAAGCGGAACAAUUCCUCGACGAGGGCGUGGUAAGCAUAACCGCAGAGGACGAUGAGUUGCUAGGGACCGCAAUUGAGUUUGGCCGAAUUGCGGUUAGCAAUACUGUCAAGGAUGCCGCCCAGUCUUUCGCUCAGAUCCCGCUAUUUGUUGAAAGCUUUCCUUACGGCGCCGGCAGACAUUGGCCUAUCGACUCACGCGACGGAGACCCCGUCUGUACAAUGGCACCCCUUCUUCUUCGCCUCCAGGAGCGCCUAAAGCGCUAUAUCAAAUCUCCAAAGACACUGGAUAUGUUGUCCUCGUCGGGUGACAUUGCUGCGUGGGGAGACCAGUAUCGGAAAAAGAUAUCGGUGGACACCAAGGGAGAGAGAGAAGAGAGCGUACAAGACAAUUCUCUCAUGGAGGAAAACAGGAAUUCCGCACGAGAACAAGAUUCCGCCGCAGCCAGCUCGGUCUCGGAAGUAGUCGCCGCACCCCUCGCAAGAACCAGGUUGAUCUCGACAGCCUCAGCCAAGCUUUCCUACCUCGUGGACCAGAUCAUCCGACACCAAGAAGCCGAGCAGAUCCUGGUCUUUUACGAAAACGACAACGUGGCCUACUACCUCGCGGAGGUGCUCGAAGUCCUCGGGAUCCAGCAUCUCAUCUACGCCAAGGGCAUUACCAGCGCGCGCAAGAACCAGUACCUGGCGACCUUCACGCUCAAGCAGCAGUUCCGCGUCAUGCUCAUGGACAUCAGCCAGGCGGCCUAUGGCUUGGACAUGAAGACUGCUUCGCGCAUCUACUUCAUCAACCCGGUGCUCAACCCGCAGGUUGGGGCGCAGGCCAUCGGCCGCGCGCGCAGAAUCAGCCAGCACAAGCCCGUCACGGUCGAGACGCUGGUGCUGCGCGGCAGCAUCGACGAGGUGAUUGUUCGACGGCGCGAAGAGAUGUCGCCUGAUGAGCAGAGGAAGUGCAGCCGGGUCGGGGGCUCGAUUCUGGAUGACGGCAAGAUCUAUAACUGGAUUUUGAACGCGAAGAUCCUGCCGCUCCCCACGGACGUGGACAAGGACGAUGGACCGGCGCAGAUGGCCAAGUUGGCGGAACCGCAGUAUGUCUUUGGCAGGGACUCCGGGAGGUAUCGCGAGCAUUCGGAUCAGAAUCUUGUGGGUGUGGGCGCCGCCGCGGGCAAGGAUGUCGACCGGUUCGUGAAUGCGAAGAGAAAGUUCGGAAGGGAUAAUGAGGUAACUAUCCUCGGCAAAUCGACAAUAGUAUUGGCUUCUCGUCCCCGUUCAAAUAGGAGGACGUACCGGGACGAUGAUGGGAUUUUCCACCCAUUUAGCCCAAUGGCGGACGAUGAAGAGGUGAUGGGCAUGAAUCCGCAAAAGAGAGCUGUACCAGAUUCCGCGGAUGGUAAUGGUUCUCCUUCCAAGCGUCCUCGCGUCCGAUUUGCCGCCACUGGUGAGAAUUGA